AUGCCACGCUUCUUCUCAGGAGACGAGCUUGGUGCCGUCAAGUCAGUGACCUUCACACCAGGAGAAAACCAAGAAUGGAAAUCUUCCACUUCAACCCUGGUCCCAGGCGAAUCCAGCCACGAACGAGCCGUGCAGCGGCUCACAGUCUACUACCAUCGAGGCUCUGAGAUACUGUUAGCUGCCGCGCACGCGAAGGGUGUGAAAGUGCUCAAAGUCGCCGACGAUGGUGCCAAGGCGGAUGUAGUCCAUCAGUGGGACGAACCCCGUCUGAAGCAAGGGCAGAGAUUUGUUGGACUAGCGGUACAACAGAGCGCGGUUUAUUCGUGCACCUCUAAUGGCGCUUUACGCCGAACCAAAAUUGGAGAGGAAGGAGCUGAGCCAUCCUCUUCUCUUGCUACGCUUCCCAUGCGCCUGAGAGAUUGGCGAUCCUCUGCUACUGGAGAUGUGUUUGCAUAUGGUGGAGAGGAAGUGCACUUGUCUGUAUGGGACACUGAGCGAGCCUUUGCGGAAAAGGCCCCCAGCACCGAGAUCUCUCAACAUGAAAACAAGAAGAGGAAACGUGGGGACCAGCUGCUUCCGGGGGAGUUGUGGAGAGCGAAGAACCUCCCCAACGAUCCUCUCGGGCUUCGACGGCCUGUGGAUAAUACGGCACUUGCAUUUCUUCAACCAUCCAAUAAGGCCGUGCAACACCAUCUGGUUGCUGGUACGGCUAGUGGCAACAUCCAACGCUACGACACUCGCGCAGGCGGAAGGCCCGUCGCCGACUGGAAAGGCGCAGGCAAGACCGGCGGAAUCGGUUGGGUGGAAGUUGGAAGCCAUGAACAUGAGCUCUUCGUUGCCGACCAGGGCUGUUCUCUGUCUGCUAUGGAUCUACGUAGCGGGAGAACCAUCUAUACCUAUAAAGGCUUCGCUGGGGUGGUUUCAUCUGCGGCAUGUGCCGGAUCAUUUUUGGCCUCCACGUCAGACGAUCGUUUUCUGCGGCUGCAUUCGACGUUCGCUCCACCGUCCGAGGUCGGUCAGCAGCAAGAUCAUAAAGGCGAAGUCCUAAGCAAGGUGUACAUGAAAGUUGUCCCCACAGUGGUUGCUUGGGACGGUUUGACAGAACCUAAAGACAUCCGCCCUGCAGAAGGCGACGAAGAUGCAGCAGAUGAUAUCUGGGAGACAAUGCAGGCAGUUGAUAGCGAAACCGAAGACAGGGGUUCCCUGCGCAAGGAGAAGAGAACAAAAAUGAUGUAG